AUGGCUUCUUCCUUCUUAUUACUCCGUCGAGAUGCUGCUACCAGAAUCAAGAGAAACCUCACGUGCUUCAACUGCCACGUGUGGACACGCGCCUUCUCUGAACAAUCCAACAAACCGGAACGCAUAAACAAAAUUCUAAUAGCAAACAGAGGCGAAAUAGCUUGCAGGAUCGCCAGAACCGCCAAGAGGCUCGGAAUCAAAACCGUCGCCGUUUACAGCGACGCCGAUAGAGACUCUCUCCACGUGGCGUCCUCUGAUGAAGCCAUACGAAUUGGUCCCCCGCCUCCUCGUCUCAGUUACCUCAACUCUUCGUCCAUUAUCGAUGCUGCCUUGCGUUCCGGUGUUCAGGCUAUCCAUCCAGGAUAUGGAUUUCUAUCGGAAAGUGCUGAUUUUGCACAGCUAUGUCAUGAUAAAGGUAUUGCUUUCAUUGGACCUCCAGCUUCUGCAAUCCGAGAUAUGGGUGACAAGAGUGCAUCGAAGAGAAUAAUGGGGGCUGCAGGGGUGCCACUCGUGCCUGGAUAUCAUGGAGAUGAACAAGAUAUUGAUAAAAUGAAGUUGGAGGCUGAUCAGAUUGGGUAUCCCGUUCUCAUAAAGCCAACCCAUGGAGGAGGAGGAAAGGGUAUGAGGAUUGUGCACACUCCAGAUGAAUUUGUGGAAUCAUUCCUUGCAGCACAACGUGAAGCAGCUGCUUCUUUCGGCGUCAAUACAAUUUUGCUGGAGAAGUAUAUUACACAGCCGAGGCACAUAGAAGUCCAAAUAUUUGGGGAUAAGCAUGGGAAUGUUUUGCAUUUGAAUGAGAGAGAUUGCAGUGUACAGAGAAGACACCAAAAAAUAAUUGAAGAAGCUCCAGCUCCAAACAUUUCUGCUGAGUUUCGUGCACACUUGGGUCAAGCUGCUGUUUCUGCAGCAAAGGCAGUUAACUAUUACAAUGCUGGGACAGUGGAGUUUAUAGUUGAUACAGAUUCUGGCCAGUUUUACUUUAUGGAGAUGAAUACCCGUCUUCAGGUUGAGCAUCCUGUCACAGAGAUGAUUGUUGGUCAAGAUCUAGUUGAAUGGCAAAUCCAUGUUGCCAAUGGAGACCCUCUUCCAUUGAGUCAAUCACAGAUACCAAUAUUAGGCCAUGCUUUUGAAGCUCGGAUCUAUGCUGAAAAUGUUCCAAAAGGGUUUCUUCCAGCAACUGGAGUACUGCACCAUUAUCACAUUCCGGACUCAUCAGGGGUUCGGGUGGACACUGGGGUUAGAGAAGGAGAUGCUGUUAGCAUGCAUUAUGAUCCAAUGAUUGCUAAGCUUGUGGUGCAGGGAGAAAAUCGUGCUGCAGCAUUGGUCAAACUGAAGGAUAGUUUGUCAAACUUUCAGGUUGCAGGUCUACCAACCAAUGUCAACUUUCUUCUAAAGCUCGCUAAUCACUGGGCAUUUGAAAAUGGCAAUGUGGAGACUCAUUUUAUUGAUAAUUACAAAGAAGAUCUCUUUGCUGAUGCUCAAAAUUCAGAGUCUGCCAAAGAAGCAUAUGAGGCUGCUAGACGCAGUGCAUCCCUUGUGGUUGCAUGUCUCAUUGAGAAAGAGCAUUUCAUAUCGGCCAAAAGAAACCCUGGUGGCAGCAACUUACUCCCUAUAUGGUAUGCUUCACCACCUUUUAGAGUUCAUCAUCAAGCUAAGCGUACAAUAGAACUUGAGUGGGAUAAUGAGUAUGAUAGUGGUAGCUCAAAGAUCCUGAAGCUUACUGUCACUUACCAACCUGAUGGAAGAUACCUGAUUGAGACAGAAGAAAAUGGAAGCCCUGUUUUAGAAGUCAAGACAACAUAUGUAAAAGAUCACCAUUUUAGAGUUGAAGCUGAUGGUGUAAUCAACGAUAUUAACCUUGCUGCAUACUUGAAGGACCAAAUGAGGCAUAUUCAUAUUUGGCAAGGGUCCUUUCAUCAUUAUUUCAGAGAGAAAAUAGGUCUCAAGUUGUCUGAGGAUGAUGAAUCCCAACAUAAACCCCAAUCUGAAUCAUCAGCCAUUCCUCAAGGGGCUGUUGUGGCACCCAUGGCAGGCUUGGUUGUUAAGGUUCUAGUAAAGAAUGAGACAAGAGUAGAGGUGGGCCAACCCGUAUUAGUAUUAGAAGCGAUGAAGAUGGAGCAUGUUGUAAAGGCACCAACUUCUGGUUUUGUCCACGGGCUUCAAGUUACUGUGGGGGGACAGGUUUCUGAUGGUAGUGUUCUCUUCAAUGUAAAGGAUCAAUAA